AUGAUUGAGGAUUACAUACACCAUUCAAUGCCAGUUGUACUUGCUGAACAGACUGCUCUUCGUCAAAUUGAAUCUAUAAUUAAUCAGAGUGAAAAUGAUGAUGGAGAUAUUCAGGUAUUUAUUGAUGAAGCAAAUCGAGUUAGACCAUUAUUAAACGAUAAUCAGCGUAAUGUAGCUGAUGCAAUCCUUGCUGCACUUAGUGAAGAACCUAAUAAUGAAAAUAAGCAUUCAAGAUUUUUCUUUAUGGAUGGGCCUGCCGGUUGUGGUAAAACAUUUACUUACAAUUAUUUAAUUGCUGAAACACGCAGCAGGCAUAUUAGAACUGCAACAGCUGCAUGGACAGGAAUAGCUGCAACUCUUCUUAAGAAUGGAUGCACAUUGCACGGCUUAUUCAAACUUCCUGUUCCAAUUUCGGAAACUAGCACAUGUAAUGUAACUCCAAACUCCAUUCAUGGUAGAUUCCUGAGACAAGUUAGUUUAUAUUUACUCGAUGAAGCAUCUAUGAUACCCAAACAUGCUUUGAGUACCAUUGAUAAGUUAUUACAAGAUAUUUGUAAUAAUAAGUUUCCUUUUGGUGGUAAAGUUAUUCUUAUGGGCGGAGAUUUUCGACAAAUACUUCCAGUUGUGAAGAGAGGUCGACCAGCAGAUGUUGUAGAAUCAUGUAUAAAGUGUUCUGAACAUUGGCAAUAUGUGCAAAGGUUUUCAUUAACUGAAAAUAUGAGGGUUCAGAUAGGAGAAGAGGAAUUUUCUCAAUGGCUUUUAAAGCUUGGAAGUGGAACAUUACCUGUCAAGCCUGAAGAUCCUUUGCAAGGGUGUAUUGAAAUACCUGAGCAGUGUUUUCUCAAUGAUAAUGAAUCUAUUGUGGAAAAGAUUUUUGGUGGUGCAGAAGAAGCUGAUUAUGCAAAACGUGCUAUUUUAACACCAACAAAUGUUGAUUCAUUGGCAAUAAAUGAACAAGUCGUUCAUCAAUUACCGGGUGAUGUUAAAACUUAUUUAAGUUCAGAUAGCAUUGAAACUGAUGAUCAUAAUGAAAUUUAUAAUUUUCCAGUUGAGUUUUUAAAUACUUUGACUCCAUCAGGUAUGCCUGUUCAAUGCCUAAAGUUGAAAAUUGGUGCUGUUAUAAUGCUACUUAGAAAUUUAGAUCUCAAAGGUGGACUUUGUAAUGGAAUACGUUUGAUGGUGCGUGCACUACAAAACAAUUACAUUGAUGGUGAGGUUCUAACAGGUGUAUCAGCUGGUAACAGGGUAUUUGUUCCUCGAGUUCAAUUAGCUUCAUCAGAUUCAAAUUUACCUUUUACACUUAAACGUCGUCAAUUUCCAGUUAGGCUAGCAUACUCAAUGACCAUAAAUAAAAGUCAAGGUCAAACAUUUGAUAAAAUUGGUGUUUAUCUCAAAAAGCCUUGCUUUUCACACGGCCAAUCAGGUGGUGUUACUUGGCAACGUGUAGUGCAAGAUUGUGAUCCUUGCCAGCCAAGUGGUUUUACUAAUUAG